GGGUCCUUUGCUUAGAGAACAGAGCAACAGUGAGAGUGGAUCACUUAGUGACAACAUUAGUCGGGGAAAGAUUCCCUCAUAGGAAAACUAGUACUAAUGGUAUUUAUAUUUUAUUGAGCUCCUAGACGGGGAAGGGCCGUCUCACACCUGAUUGUGACUGUAUCAACAUUUCACCUUACCUCUAUCACAGAGUUCACCAUCAGAUUUAUUCAAUAUGGCCAAUCAGCCUCUACCACUGUCUAAGGAGACAUUGGCUCAGUUUAAUCAUUCCCUGGCCACAGAACCAGGAGCCUCUGGGCCCCUGAGGCGACGUGUGGGCUCUAUCUCUACACGGCGCAGCUCCAAAGACCAGGCCACCCACAGGCCACUACACCUCAGGGGUGUGACGGGUCCCUCAUCUGAUUCAUCUUUCCUGAGCCCCAAUGUGACCAAUUCUCACGUCUCCAUUGGUAAGCGGUUCUCGUUUGGUGGAUGGCAGCAGGGAGGUAGAGUGAGCUUUUCUGGACUGUACCUCCACCAACCCAUCCAAGAGAUCCAUAUGGAGAACACCUACAGAAUGGGACCAGAACCAGGGAGCCACUUCAAUGCAAGCAGAACUCAGCAGAUCCUAAAGGCUACAUUGGACAGUUAUUUGGAUGGCGUAUGCUACAAUCCUGAAAAUAGUAGCCAGCUCUGUCAGAUGUUGGCAGAUCUAGUGCUUAGUAAGUUGAAAGACGACAACCCGCCUCGCUAUAAACUUGUGUGUCAGGUAGUGGUUGGGCAGAGCAGUAAACAAGGAAUUAGGAUUGCCAGCCGUAGCUUGAUCAACUCCGACACUGAUAGCUACACAUCUGCUGAUUUCCAAAACCACUCAGUAUUUGCUGUGGCUAUAGUACAUGGUGUGUAUUGUGAAUGAGGGUACUAAUAACCACAAUGAAAAUCCAUCAUUAAGUUUUCAACACCUUUAAACAAUGCAUUUCCAUGAUUUUUACAGUUGUUCAUGAUAACGGAAUUCAUUUACAUUUGUUUUUAUGAAGAUUGCACUCACAAAAAGCUUUCAUUCUACACACAAACACACUGCUGUAGUAGUGAAUUACAUGUAAUCUGGAUUAUGAUAUCAGAUUACAAAAAUCAAGUACUCAAAAUUAAAUUACAUUUGAAUAUACUCACAUUUAGAUUAGUUACUUUUUUUAUAAAUUGCAUUAAAAUGUAUUGAUCGCUCUGAUUUUGUUUUUCAUUUUAAAUCAGCCUACAGCUGAUAAAUGUAUAUGAAGUCUUUAAGUGUUUUCGAAUGGAAGUGAUGGAAUUGCACAAACAGACCUGAUACUAGCCACCAGUCAUAAUUCAGGGUUGCUGCAGAGUUUUUAAAAGUCAAAUUUUAGACUUUUAAAGAGCUUUUUUCAGUCCUGAACUAAUACAAAUAUAAUUGCAUGUCCAUACCACAACACAAACCCAAAAUAAUUUAUCACAUAUUAUUUUACUUAAACAGGAGGCACACAUUCAACACAGCCUUUACACCUUAUCAGCAUAACAUGGUAUCUGCAAGUUUAAAAUCCUCUACAAAUUAGAGGUCGACCAAUAUUGGAUUGUGCAGAUGCAGUUAUGUUUUGAAAGGCAAUACUGUUUUUAUCUGCCGAUAGUUUUUAAAACUGAUAGAACAUUUUUGUAUGUUUAGGAUAGGCUUUGUCUUUCCUUCCUGUAACAAGAUGGGCCAGGGUGGGCUACAUAAAACCAAAUUGAAUCAAAUCCCAGAUGCAGUGUGUGACUUUGAACUAUAAACAAGAUAAGGGAAAUAAAAUACGCACUCUUAAAAUCAUCAACAAUGAAUUAUAAUAAACACCUUAAAGCAAACCUUUUGUAGAUCAUUAGCAAUUGCUUGUAAUAAAUGUGUGGUACUCACUAUGAACCGCUCUGAAAUGACUGGAAACACAGUAUCAGUGUGCUUUAAGAAUAUGCAACAGUGCUGCGUCUUCACUUUGAAGCACACAGCGCA